UUUAAAGUUAUCAAAUAUCGUCUAUUCAAUGUUUCGCAAUUUGUCACGAUUUUUUGAUUGGAUGGAUAGUAAUGAAUUAUUAAAUAAGUUAAAUGAAAUUAUAAAAACUGCAAAAAGUAAAAUUUUAGGAAGAGAUAUUGUAAUUUCAGAUGUACAGCUUGCUUUGUACAAGAUGUAUAUGGAACAUUAUUCGGAAGAGAAACUUAAACAAUACCAAAGUGUUAUAGAGGAACUAACAAAAAAGAAAGAAACAUCAAAACUAGAUAAAAAAGAAAUUACUAAACUUAAUAAUCACAUACAAUAUUUACGUGAACAAGAGUAUACCAAGGAAAUGUUAGAUAUAUUAAAACAGGAGCAUAUCUCAAAAGGAGAUGCUGUUAAGAUAUUACUUCCUUUUGCUGACCCGACUCUUGAUGCAAGCUUUAAAAUGUUAUUCGGACAAGAUGAAAACAGUGAUAUUUUAAUUAGCCUAUUAAAUAGUUUGUUAGAUUUUAAAGGUAAAGACCUUAUAGAAGAAGUAAAAAUUAAUCCAAAUGAAUUAGUUGUUUCUAAUAUUUCUUAUAAAAAAGGAGAUACAGGAAUAUCAAGUGCUGUAGAUAUCCUAUGUACUACCAAUGAUGGUCGUCAAAUAGCUAUAGAAAUACAAGGGCAAAAAACGAAUUAUUUUCUAACUCGAGAACAAGAAUAUAUGGCUAAGCUGAUAUAUGGUCAGGUAAAAGAAGGACAAGGACAUGAAUAUCAUGUGAAAGUGUUAGAUACGUAUAUUUUAGUUAUUGGAAAAGAAAAUAUGUUUGUUGGUAAUACAGCUCUAAAAGGAAAGGUAUUAAAUAAUACUAAACUAGAUUCUCAGGAGCUAUUUGAAAUAGAUGUGGAACCAAGAAUAAAACAAACAGGUGAAGUAGUGCCAGGCAACAAAAUGCAUUGGAAGUUUUUUGAAUUACCUAAAUUUAGAGUUAGUGCUGAGUAUAAAAAGAUAAAGGGAUAUGAUUUAGUUAUUGAUAAUAGUAAUAAAAAAUUGUAUCAAGAAAAAAUUGAAUGGUUAAAUAACAACUUAAAAGAACAAUGGUUAGAGUUUUUAAUUGAGUGUAGUAACCAAAUAACGAUACCAGAUCGUAAUAAAUUAAUAAAAAAAGGGUAUGAAAUUAUGAAAUUAGUAACUUGGGAUUCAGUAGAUCGUGCUUUGUUAUGGAAACAAAAACAGAACGAAAUAGAUGCUAUGCAACAAAAAGAAUUUGAUAAAGAAGAAGCCUUUCAUCAAGGCACUAAGAUAGGAAAAUUGGAAGGCAUUAAGAUAGGAAAAUUGGAAGGCCUUAAGGAAGGAAAAUUAAAAAUGUUAUUGAAACAAGAUAUACAAAAAUUACAGAAACAUUUUAAGCGAAAAGAUGAAGAAGAAUUAGAUAAAAAUGAAACUUUCCUUUCUAAAAAACGUUACUUAAAACAAUUAGAUAAAGAACAAAAAUGGGGUGCGACCAGUGUGGAGGAAAAGUUUGAGUUUAUUACAAAGCACAUAAAAACCCAUCUAGAUGAUAAAUAUGACAAAAUUUCUAAUGAUCUGGGAUUAGAAGGAAAUAGUAUGGAUUUGGAGAAUAUUUCUGAUUGUGAUGAAUGGAGUUCUAUAUAAAAGAAAUUGUUCUUUGAUACUACUCUCUUAAUUUUUAAGAUUAAAAGUAAUCGAUGUUUUUAUUCAUUCAGAGGUGGCAACCCUAGCUCAAUAUCUUGACUAAUAGACAUUGCUAUUAUUUCUUUAUAUAUAAUACUAUUUAUAUGUGGCUAAAUUAUAAAAAUAUUUUUAACCAAAAAACUUUUAUUUUUCGUUUGCGUCUUCUUCCAAAUUUAGGUUUAGCAGAAAAGUAAAGUUAUUCUGUUUAUUUAUUACUUAGAUUCAAUCAAUCAAUCAAUAUAUUUUUCACAAAAAUAGAUAUUGUUUACAAUAUAAUAUAAAUAUUACAACUAUAUUAUUGUGAAGGGACAGUGCAAAUAGUACACGACUAAUUCAAAUUCAAAAAGAUUAAUUGUAGUUUGCGGAACUACUGAUUCAGUUUUUUUUUGUUUAUUAGAGUUUAUGAAAAUUGUAAAAUUUAUGUACUGCAAAAUUGUGAGUUGGUUGAAGCUGCUGGUAAUAUUUGAGUGGGUUGUGAUGUUAUAACUUUAUGUUGUUAUAUAAUAGUUCUUAAAUUUA